AUGUCUUCGCAAAAUAUCUGGCUGCGUGCUGAGACUAAGCCCCAAGAGGCUCGAUCUGCCUUGACCCCGACAACAUGUAAGGCAUUGAUGGAUGCAGGCUACAAGGUGGUCGUUGAGCGGUCCACACAGCGCAUUUUUGAUGACGAGGAAUUCGCCAAGAUCGGAGCUCCCCUUGUUGAGGAGGGAUCCUGGGUCAAGGAUGCCCCCAAGGACUAUGUCAUUUUGGGUCUCAAGGAGCUUCCCGAGGAUGAUUUCCCACUUGAGCACGUCCACGUUACUUUCGCUCAUUGCUACAAGCAGCAGGGUGGCUGGGACCGAGUCCUGAGCCGCUGGCACCGUGGCAAUGGUCUCCUGCUUGAUUUGGAGUUCCUUACUGAUGAAACUGGUCGCCGAGUUGCUGCUUUCGGCUUCUCUGCUGGCUAUGCUGGUUCUGCCUUAGCUGUGAAGAACUGGGCUUGGCAACUAACUCACCCUAACGGUGAGGUUCUGCCCGGUGAGGUGCCCUACGCCAACCAGCAACUUCUGAUCGAGUCUGUGAAGGAGGCUGUUGAGAGCGGCAAGAAGGUUGCCGGCCGAUACCCCAAGCUUCUUGUCAUUGGUGCUCUGGGACGCUGCGGAAAUGGUGCUGUGCAGCUCGCCAAGGAUGUUGGCAUUCCCGAAUCCAACAUCAUUGAGUGGGAUAUCGCCGAGACCAAGAAGGGUGGGCCCUUCAAGGAGAUCGUUGAGGAUGCUGACAUCUUUGUCAACUGCAUCUACCUCUCGGCUAAGAUUCCCCCCUUCAUUGACGUUGCGGCUCUUCCCUCCCCCAAGCGCACUCUGUCCGUUGUUUGCGACGUGAGCGCUGAUACUACCAACCCCAACAACCCUAUCCCCAUCUACGACAUCACCACCACCUUCGAUAAGCCUACUGUGCCCGUAACACUGCCCGCUGGCACACAAGGGCCUCCCCUGAGCGUGAUCAGCAUUGACCACUUGCCUUCUCUGCUCCCGCGUGAGAGCUCCGAGAUGUUCAGCGAGGCUCUCAUUCCCAGCCUCCUCGAGCUGAAGAACCGCAAGACUGCUCGUGUCUGGACUCAGGCUGAGCAACUGUUCAACGAGAAGGUUGACACUUUGCCUGUGUCUUUGCGCCUUUAA